AUGGAGCGGUUUGUCCGUGUUCCCUGUGGCUUGUACCAGGGCUAUGGGAACACACUACCUUUGGACCAACCUGGACUCUCAGGGCACAAACAGCCUGACUGGAGGCAAAACAUGGAUCCCCCGACUUUCCUGUCCAGGCCUGGGCUGCUGGUGCCUGCAAAUGCCUCUGACUACUGCAUGGACCCUUACAAACGAACACAGCUUAAAGCCAUUCUUGCCCAGAUGAAUCCCAGUCUGAGGCUGCAGCUGUGCAAGGCCAACACCAAGGAGGUGGGUGUGCAGGUCAGUCUGCGAGUGGAUAAGUCCGUGCAGUGCUCUCUGGGGCCUCGCACCCUGCGCAGCCGCUCCCCUUGGGACAGUGCUGGGCACAGAGUGCCCCUGGCAGGCUGGGGAGUCUAUUUGCCAGUGAUCAGCAGCAGAGGUUUGGUUCGGCUGCAGAAGAAUGGGGACAGUGGGGAAAGUGAGGUGCUGAGUAGCCCUGCAGAGACUGGUCAACAGCCACCACCAGUGCCGAAGUUAGAAGAUGGCAGGCAGAAGGAAGUUGGACAGCCUGAGGAGCUGGGGGACUCCGAGGCCACACAUCCUCAAGAAGGGAAGAACAAGCUGGUGCAGAGAGACGAAGUCCCAGAUCUGCUCCGGAAGCCCAACUUCCAGUUUUUGGAACCAAAAUAUGGCUAUUUUCAUUGUAAAGAUUGUAAAACCAGAUGGGAGAGUGCUUAUGUGUGGUGCAUUUCUGGAACUAAUAAGGUUUAUUUCAAACAACUCUGUUGCAAAUGCCAAAAGAGUUUUAACCCUUACCGAGUAGAAGCAAUCCAAUGUCAGACAUGUUCAAAGUCUCGUUGUUCCUGUCCUCAAAAGAAAAGACACAUUGAUCUAAGGAGGCCUCAUCGACAGGAACUGUGUGGUCGCUGCAAAGACAAGAAAUUCUCCUGUGGCAGUAUUUACAGCUUUAAGUGCAUCAUGUGA